AAACUUCGCCAUCUUGGCCGUUCAACCAGUUAGCGCUUUUUCUGUUACAAUUAUUAUUAAUUAUUAAUUAUAAUCACUGCAUUACAGUUGGCUGAUCAGAAUGUGAAAGUAAUUCCACACAAGUUAAUCAAUGGCUCUAACAAAUAAAAUUGACUGUGACAGCAAAGUAGGAGAAAAAACAAUAACUAUUACUAAAGAUCCAAAAGAAAGAAUUUCAACUGUCAAUGAAAUUGAUGGCAGCUCUAAAAAUGACCUUCAGCAAAAUAUAAUUAUAGUUCAAAACUCAAAUGAGCUAAAUAUUGAUGAGCUUGAUCCAUCUCUGUUGAAGUACGUUAAGCAGGUUCUUGCAGAUGUUGAAAGUCAGCAUAACAACAGCACAGAAGAUGGUGCUGAAAAACAACCAACAACAUACAUUAUUGACUUAAACACUUUUACCAGGCCAAUUAAUACCACUCAAGAUUGUUCAUCAGGUUUGUCUGAAACAGUGUCACUUGAUGAAAACCAAGCUCUUGUUUCUGAUGACCAACCUGAAAAUUCUGCCCCAGCCAUUUCCAAUGCCUUGGAUUUGGACUGCCAGCAAGAAAUUGAGAUAUCAUUCGUUUCAUGUGUAACAGAUCUGAAAAAUCAUGAAUCUCAUGGGAGUGUAGAAACCGUACCUUCUGAAAGCCAUCAUGUUGUGCCCUCAGUAUCAACCGCAAUUGAUUCUCAAGCUAUUUCAAAGAAUCUCUCAUCAGAUGGAUUUACUAGUUCACAACAAUCAACAGCUAAAAGCUUAAAAGUACCUACUUUUAAACUAAGUGCUGGUAAUAAUUUUGAAUCUAAAGCAUCUACUUCAGGUGAACACCUAAAUAUUGCAAAGAAGAUUAUAAAUGAUAGUAGGAAACUGUUGCCAGGAGGCAAGGUAAAUUUGAAUCAGGAAGUGGAAAUAACUGAGGAGAAAUGUGGAUCUGAUUCUGUAAUAACUAUGUACUUGUCUUCCCCAAAUGAAUUAAAGGAUAAAAUUAAAAAUCUUAAGACUGAUUCCCCUGUGCUUGUUAUGCAAGCUGGUGAAUCCUCCUCUACAAUAGGAAAAGAAUUAGAAGUAGACUUGCAUACAAAUGAUCAAUCUUUAAUAACACAGGUACAAAAUGCUAAACCUGGUACGUCAUCUCUUAGUAAUGAUGCCAGCAAUUCAUCUGAUGGUUCAACGAGUGAUGUUGUGGCUUACCACUGUAUAGAGUGUGGCUAUUCAAGCCAUAACAAACAUUACUAUAAGCAACAUGUUGACCUUGUGCACAAUGAAGAUAGACCUUAUAAGUGUCCACACUGUGACUAUGCAGGCAAGAGACGACAUGCUCUUUUGGAACACCUAGUCGUUCAUUCAAAUCAGAGACCUUUUACUUGUGACCACUGCAAUGCAAGUUUCAGGAAAAAGGGUCACCUAACAAAUCACAUCAAGCUACAUACAAGCCAAAAACUAAUUCACUGUGGAGUUUGUAACAUUCAACUGCCUGAUUCUGAGGCUUUUGAAGCCCAUUUACACAAGAUACACAACACGGAUAAACUCUACAAAUGUAAACUAUGUGAGCACACUGUUGUGGAUAGAGAAACUAUGUUGAAACAUUUACAUACACACAAUGAAUCAGCUACUUAUUCUUGCCCCAAGUGCAGCGCACUUUUAAAUAGUGAUGAAAGCUUGAUUAAUCACUUGAAAACUGUGCACGAUAUCUUGCUUGUUGACAGCCAAAUAGCUAAAGGUUGUAAUGCCAAUGCUGUAAACAUAAAUCCAGUUAAGAUUGAACCUGAAAGUGUGCUGAAGCCAUACACUCCUAGUAUCAUCUGUUCUGAGUGUGGAUUUGUUUGUUCUAACAAUGAGGUGAUGCAAAAACACAUGUGGGCACAUAUUAAUGGACAUGACAAGCACAGUAAGAUUAAAAUAAAUCCUGAUAUGAAAGAUCAAGACACUAGUGUGAACAACACUAUGGGUGUUUUAAAGAUGAAUGUUGACUUAGGGCAGAAAACUUUACCCAACAAUGUAGUUUACCAGUGUACUGGCUGUAGUUUUACCUCAAGUGACAAUUCUGUUUUUAUAAAGCACAUGUUGGCCCAUAAAACACAAGAAAAAAGACGCGUAGUUACCUCAGAGCCAACCAAGUUUAACCAGGCUACUUCCAUUAAUUCACAAACCACUCAGAAAUCAAAAUUAUCUAGUUCUUUCACAGAAAAUGUGAAAGAAAAAAGAAGUGAUUCUAUUGUUCCAUUUAUAUACGAUGAAGCAUCUGCUAGAUUUCGCUGUAUUAUUUGUGGGUACCACUGUGAAUUUCAAAGAACAAUCAAAGCUCAUAUUUGGAAGCAUUCUGGACAUCAGAGCAUUGAGUAUCCGACUUUUGAUCAGUCAAGUAGCUCCAAAUCUACAUCACAAUUAGCUUCAAAUGAAUCUGGCCCCAGGAGAGUUGGUGAACCAGAAUCAUCUCAAGACAAUCAUUACACCAUUGCUCAACCACUGACAUCUCAUUCAGUUCCUCAGCUUCAUCAGGCCAGAAAUAGUGAACUUGUUCAAUCAGCACAACCAGUUUCCCACACUGCCAACAGCAGCCCAGGAGAAAGCAUUCAUGCCAUAGAUAGCAACAGUGCAGCACAAGAGAAAUCAACAGCAGCAAGUAGACUCCUGGAGACUAUUGCCUAUUCAGCUGCUCAGUCUAGAAGUAACACAGCAGCCAAAAAAAAUCCUGGCUUGUUAUCUCACUUAGCUUUAACAGAUACUAAAUUUUCCACCUCCGUAGAUAAUACAAUUACUAAUACACCUUCACUACCUUUGAAAAGCAUUGAAGAUCAAAAUAACUCUUUGAUCACCAGUUCUGAUCAUAACAUUACUUCAAAGGUACUUUUCACCACUUUGCUUAAUAAUAUGCAGACAAGUUACAUUAAAAAAGAGAACAUGCUUGAUGUUGAUGAAGGUUGUACAGAGCCUAGUGUGGUGGUUGAAGUUAUGGACACUGUCUCUUCAGAAUCUGAUUUGACAGGCUUGUCUAGCCAGCAUGGGAGCCCUAGAAUCCUGGAACUAGACAGUGCUGGAGAUAUUAGGUUGUCAAAUCCUUUUACAUCUCAUGAGAAAAUGGGCAAGAAUUUUGAGGCAAGUUUAAAUGCUUCAGAAAGUAAUCAAUCAGACUCGGAAGUUCGGCCAGCUGACCCAUCUAAAAACCAUCACAGCUAUUCUGUUAGACUAAGAUGUCCCAUUUGUGAUCGCCAGCUGAGAGAGGAUUUCAAAUCCCACCUUAUGAUGUGUCAGAAAAAGUCAGACGAUGAUAAAUCAAAGUCACUUAAAGUUAAGUCUAAAGGACUUAAAACAUCUACGGUCAGUCAGAGAUUAUAUGACAAUGAUAACCUUCCAACUGAAGAUACAGACUCCACAGAGUCUUCAGAUGAGCUGACUUUAUCUGGAGAUUCCAGUGGAUUUUCACAACAAAAAUCUGGUAUUUGUUCUUCUCUCUUAGCUGUGAUAGAACAACUAAGGGAGCGCUCACGAUCUGAGAGCGAAGAAGAUAAACAUGGGAGUAAUCUUUUCAAAAAAGGAAAAAAGAAACAACAAAAUGAUGAGGAUAGUAAUGUCGAAUCUGUGGAUGAUCUCCAGAACAUUGAAAAGAUAUCUGAUAGUGGUAAUGAGAAGUAUCGUUGCAGUCUUUGUCACUACUCAAGUCAAAGAAUUUGUAAUAUAAAGCUCCACAUGAAAACACAUAGGCAGAAAAAACCAUCAGAAUGCUCUCUUUGUGAUUUUUCAUCUACCUCUCCGGAAGCUCUACAAGAUCAUAUGCUCAAGCACUGUAAAGUACGAACAUAUGCCUGCAAAUUUUGUCCUCAGAGCUUUAACCACAAAAGUACUCUUAGAGCCCAUCUGAGAGCACAUAAAGAUCAAGAACCUUUUCUUUGUGCUUAUUGUGUGUUUGAAACAACAAACCCAAUGGAAUACAGAGAACACAUGCAAGUGCAUUCAGGUUGCUCAUCCAGGCUGCGCUGCCCAGGUUGUGAUCUGAUUCUAAACAACAAAGAAGAAUUAACCACUCAUUUGCUGAAGUGUAAGGGGACCUCUAAAAAAGUCAAACCUUUAGUGAGCAGUCAUGAAAAAUCAGCAGUGCACAAACAGAUAGCAAAGCUAGAGGAACAAAUAACCUCCAACUCAGGCAGCACAAAUCAUGCCUGUGUUGUCAGCGGGUGCAGUUUCUCCAGCACCAGCCUAAUGCGCCUCCAGGAUCAUCUUUCUGUACACUGCAACCCCUCGUUACUGGUUUGUAAUCUGUGUGAUUUCAAAGCCUUACACAUUCGCAGUCUUAAGUCCCACAUGAAAAGACAUUCAAACGAUCAAAGGUAUGUGCAGCAGCCCUUAGAACAGUACAAAUGUAACUUGUGUGGGUAUGUGUGCCAUCACCUGCCGUCUCUCAAGUCCCACAUGUGGAGGCAUGCCAGUGACCAGAGCUACAGCUAUGAGUUUACAAAUGAUGUCAUUAAUGCAGCCAUUGAUCAUGACACUCGGGUUGAAGCUGAUGGAGAGCCUGAUGACCCUGAAUUAUUAGACCGGGUCAUUAAUUCAGAGAGGCGGAUACUAGAAGGAGAACUUACAAAGUGUAACAAAGGUGAUGGACAGCGUCCCAUAUGUUGGGUUACUUUUAGGUGUUGUAGUUGUGGGUUUGAAACAAUAAACAAAGCAAAACUCAACAUACAUAUGAGGUCCCAUUCUGAUAUCAUACAGCAGGCUUUAGAUCUGCAACGGAAAUCCCAACCAAGUUAUAAAACAUCUGGUAAAAGGUUGCAUACAAUAGAAAAUAUUGCAACUGGUCUCAAUAUGAAGGUUGCAAGAAUAAGUGAAACUAUCUAAGACAGUAUUUGUUGCUUCUCACAUUUUUACAUAAUGAAAACCAUUAAAAAUGAUGAACUUAGUCCUGGUAAAUUGUGGCCAGUAAAUUUUCCAAGCAUCCUAAGUUAACAGUACAUUGUAAAUACAGCAGAUGUUUAUAUGUAUUGUAUGCCUAAGCUGUUGUAUAAGUAUUUCAGUAUUGUGUAUUUAAAUAUUUAAAAAAAUUGUUUCUCUAGUAAUAGUAUAUGUGCAGAAUCAUAAGGGCCAUUCAUUUUUAUCCUAAACAAACAUGAUCUUCUCCACAUUUAAAUGUUUUACUUACUUGUGUAUGAGUAUUGUAUGUAUUUUAAAUAUGUUGCUGGGAUGGUAUUGAUCUAGUCUCAAGUUUUAAAAAGACUAUUGACAUCGUAAAUAGGUCGAAUCCUCAUUUAAACUUACUGUAAGGUGUAAGCUAGAACUUCUAAAAUGAAAUAAUGAAUUAUGCAUUUAAAAAAAACUUGUCCCACAUUGGUUGUUAUAUCCAGAUGGAUAUACUACACUAAUUUGACAGCUUUAUUUAUAAUUGUUAAUAUUUAAGAACAUUCCACUGGUUUCAAUGUGGACAUAAUUCUUCUUAACUGUGCAUAUGUAGCAUAUAUUUUUAAAAGCAUUUUUCAUUCAAAAUACUUUUUGGAGUUGUGGGGGGUGUUCAAAAUCUGCCCAUUGGCAUACUAAAUGUACAUUGAAAUGUCAAUUAAUGUUACAUGUUUCAAGAGUUUCCUAGUUAUAUUUGUUUAAUUUCAUAUGAUUAACUGAAUAACCCAGCCCUAUGUAUUGGUUAAUAUGAAGAGUUUCUUUUUUUUUCUGUUACAAUAAAAUUAUAAUUCUACUUCUCUACUGAACAUUAUCUAAUGCAUCGAUAUCCUAGAUUUGUCAAAGCCUGCAAUCUACCCAUUAUGUCUUAUUGGAAACAUAUUUUUUAAAGUUUUUU